AUGGCGUUUCAAAGCCCCCCUGUGGGUGGGAGGCCGGUGCAGCUGAACAGUCUGGACUUCCUGCGGCGCUCGGAAGAGAACAGCACAGCGGAGAGAUGUUUCCACGCACACUCCCACAGCAGCGUGCUCCAGGGGCUGCCCUUCGGAGGCGUGCCCACUGUUCUCGCCAUCAACGUUGUUUUGUGGAUGUUUUUGUUGCUCAUCUUUUCGUGUCUGAGGAAGGCUGCGUGGGACUACGGGCGUCUGGCUCUGCUGAUGGAGAAUGACAGUCUCACAUCGCUGUUCUAUGGUGAACAAAGUGAAAAGGAGAAGUCCCCCUCAGACUGCAGCCCAUCAGACUCCGAAACCAAGGACAUGGGCUUCUGCUCGUGGCUCUCAUCUCUUUACCAUAUGAAGGAUGAGGAGAUCCGGAGCAAGUGCGGCUUGGAUGCAGUCACAUACCUGUCCUUCCAGCGCCACAUCAUCCUGUUGCUAAGCGUGGUGUGCCUGCUGUCUUUGGCCGUCAUUCUGCCGGUCAACUUUUCCGGGAAGCUCCUGGGGGACAGCCCAGAAAACUUUGGCCGAACGACUCUGGUUAACAUGAACACAGAGGAUCGUUUUCUAUGGCUCCACAGUGUCUUUGCUCUGAUGUACUUCAUCCUCACUCUGCUGUGCAUGGCCCACCACUCCAUGCGGCUGGAGUACAGGGAGGACCACAAGGUAGCCCGGACAUUGAUGAUCACGUCUAUUCCCAGAGAGAUCUCCGACCCAGGGCUCAUCACCAAACAUUUUCAUGAGGCCUACCCGAGCUGCACGGUCACAGACAUACGCUUCUGCUUUGACGUCCACAAGCUGAUGAAACUGGACUUGGAGAGACGAAAAGCCAUGAAAGGCCGCCUGUACUUCGCCUCAAAAGCCCAGAAGGAAGGCAAGAUCAUGAUCAAAACCCACCCGUGCGCUCAAAUCUUCUGCUGUGAUGCGUGCGGGUUCGAACAAGUGGAUGCAGAGCAGUACUACAGUGAGCUGGAGGAGAAGAGGACUGAUGAGUUUAACGCAGAGAAGAAUCGCAUCGCCACCAAGAGACUGGGAAUUGCCUUUGUGACCUUCAGGGAUGAGCGCAUGACGGCUGUAAUUGUGAAGGACUACAGGCGUGUCCAGUGCCAGCGCCGUGUUCAGCAGUCUAGCAUCAGCGCAGUGGUCCAGUCUCAGAAAUGGGGGGUGAGCUACGCCCCUGCCCCCAGUGACAUCAUCUGGGAGAACUUGUCUGUGUGUGGGUACCGCUGGUGGCUACGCUGCGUCCUCCUCAACAUUUUGCUCUUCCUCCUGCUCUUCUUCCUCACCACUCCGGCCAUCAUCGUCAACACCAUGGACAAGUUCAACGUCACCAGGCCUGUGGAGAGUCUGCAGAGCCCGGUGAUCACUCAGUUCUUCCCGACUCUGCUGCUGUGGGCGUUCUCUGUGCUGCUGCCUUUCAUUGUCUACUACUCGGCCUUCUUUGAAUCCCACUGGACCAGAUCGGGAGAGAACCAGGUCACUAUGCACAAGUGCUUCAUGCUGCUGGUCUUUAUGGUCAUCAUCCUGCCCUCACUCGGCCUGACCAGUCUAGACGUGUUCUUCACGUGGGUCUUUGACAAGAACUUUUUGGAUCAACGAGAAGUUAAAUUUCAGUGUGUCUUUCUUCCUGACAAUGGAGCUUUCUUUGUUAAUUACGUCAUCACUUCGAGUUUGAUUGGAACUGCGAUGGAGCUUCUGCGAAUUCCGGCAUUGACCGUGUACAUGGUCCGACUCUGUUUUGCCAAGUCCCAGGCAGAACGCAUCCAUGUCAAAAGGAGCCAGGCCUAUGAGUUCCAGUUUGGGCUGGAGUACGCCUGGACCAUGUGUAUCUUUGGCGUCACUAUGACCUACAGCAUCACGUGCCCGCUCAUCACGCCCUUCGGUCUUCUCUAUGUGAUUCUCAAGCACAUGGUGGAUCGCUACAACAUUUACUACGCAUAUGUCCCCACUAAACUCAGCCAGCGCAUUCACAGGGCCGCCAUCAACCAGGUCAUCAUGGCUCCCAUCCUCUGCAUCUUCUGGUUGCUCUUCUUCUCUGUUCUCAGACUAGGUCCAGUGCACCCCAUCACCCUGUUCACCUUCGUGUCCCUGCUCUCCUGUAUCGCUUUCUCCAUCUUCCGCUUGUGCCUUAGGAAGCAGCCAGACAAGUCCAGCAGUUACCAGAUGUCCGACCAGCCUGCAGAGGGAGCAUUCACCGAUCCGGAGAGGAGCACCGUCACCACCACCACAGCCUCCAAUAUGUUUGUCGCGUCCGUGUUGUUGGAGCCUGAGCUUGCCCUGACGCCCAUGCCCUCCCCAGCCCACCACGGCUACGGGGCCAUGUCCAGUGCCCAGAGCCCCAGCUGUGGGACCCUCCAGGACGAGGAGGGGGGGCACCGAGAGACCGAGCUCCAGGACUCCCCCUCUGACCCCCACCUCUCCAGCCCCCUCAUGGACUGCCCCGUCAGCUACCAAGACCUGACACGCUAG